AAAUUCAGAAGAUAAUUCGUAGACUUUCUACAGUUUGAUCUUUUUCUUUAACCUUCUUAUCAUUUUCAUUUCUCUUUUCCUUUGAAGGUAAUAACGGGCAGGAGAAUCAAGAUUCCUGUGAACUGUUCCAAGCGAUCAAUGCUCAAGAUGGAACGGAGAACUUUGGAAUUCAAAUAGAAAGUCAUGAAAGAAACCAGCCAAACAAUUGGAAUCAGGAAAGCUCAUCUUCCACUGAUGCUCCGAUGCAAGAAAAAAUAAGGAAAAAAUAUAUUGGGCAAAGUGUGAAGCUAAUUAAAUCUAAAUUACAUGUAAACGAAUGCUAUUUAACCCCCCAAAAAGGAGAAGAUACUAUAAGAAAAUACAAUGGAGAAAAUUAUAAUGGGACAUUCAUUCUUUCUGUUGGAAAUAACUUCCGUACAUCUCAAAAAGUGAUUCACACAAAAGAGAAGCCUUAUAAAUGCAUGGUGUGUGGAAAGACCUUUACUCGAAAUGAUAGUCUUGUAUGCCAUAAUAUGAUCCACACAGGGAAAAGGCCAUUUAAAUGCAUGGAAUGUGGAAAGGCCUUUGCUCGAAAUGGAGGUCUUAUUUCCCAUAAAUUGAUCCACACGGGGGAGAAACCGUUUAAAUGCAUGGAGUGUGGAAAGGCCUUUGCUCAAAAAGGUAAUCUUAUUUCCCAUGAGAUGAUACAUACAGGGGAGAGGCCAUAUAAAUGGAUGGCAUCUAGAAAGACCUUUGCUCUCAGCAGUAGUUUUGGUAUUCACAAAAAGUUCCAUCCAGGAGAAAAGCUAAUUAAAGAGAAAUUGCAUGUAAAUGAACACUAUUUAACCCAAAACAAAGAAGAUGGUAUAAGAAGACACAACAGACAAAAUUACAAUGGAACAUUCAUUCUUUCUCUUGAUAAUAACAUCUGUACAUCUCAUAAAGUAAUUCACACAAAAGAGAAGCCUUAUAAAUGCAUGGUGUGUGGAAAGACCUUUACUCGAAAUGAUAGUCUUGUUUGCCAUAAUAUGAUCCAUACUGGGAAAAGGCCAUUUAAAUGCAUGGAAUGUGGAAAGACCUUUGCUCGAAAUGGAGGUCUUAUUUCUCAUAAGUUGAUCCACACGGGGGAGAAACCAUUUAAAUGCAUGGAAUGUGGAAAGGCCUUUGCUCAAAAAGGUAAUCUUAUUUCCCAUAAGAUGAUACAUACAGGGGAGAGGCCAUAUAAAUGCAUGGAGUGUGGGAAGACCUUUGCUCAAAAUGGAGGUCUUCAUCGCCAUAAGAUGAUCCACACAGGGGAAAAACCAUAUAAAUGCAUGGAGUGUGGAAAGACGUUUGCUCGGAGCAGUAGACUUACUACCCACAAAAAGAUUCACACAGGGGAGAAACCAUUUAAAUGCAUGGAGUGUGGAAAGACCUUUGCUCGAAAUUGUGAUCUUCUUUGCCAUAACAGGAUUCAUACAGGGGAGAAGCCAUAUAAAUGCAUGGAGUGUGGAAAGACCUUUGCUUUCAGCAGUAGUCUUGGUAGUCACAAAAAGAUCCAUACAGGAGAAAAGCCAUUUCAAUGCAUGGAGUGUGGAAAAACCUUUGCUCUGAGCCAUAGACUUGCUACCCACAAAAAGAUGCACACAGGGGAGAAACCGUUUAAAUGCAUGGAGUGUGGAAAGACCUUUGCUCUGAGCAGUAGACUUAGAAGCCACAAAAAGAUCCAUACAGGACAGAAGCCAUUUAAAUGCAUGGAAUGUGGAAAGACCUUUGCUCUGAAUGGUCAUCUUACUUCUCACAAAAGGAUCCAUGCUCGGGAAAAACCAUAUAAAUGCAUGGAGUGUGGAAAGACCUUUGCUCAAAAUGGAUGUCUUCAUCGCCAUAAGAUGAUACACACAAGGGGAAAACCAUAUAAAUGCAUGGAGUGUGGAAAGACCUUUGCUCAAAAUGGAUGUCUUCAUCGCCAUAAGAUGAUACACACAAGGGGAAAACCAUAUAAAUGCAUGGAGUGUGGAAAGACCUUUUCUCGAAAUUGUGAUCUUCUUUGCCAUAACAGGAUUCAUACAGGAGAGAAGGCAUAUGAAUGCAUGGAAUGUGGAAAGACCUUUGCUUUCAGCAGUAGUCUUGGUAGUCACAAAAAGGUCCAUACAGGAGAAAAGCCAUUUAAAUGCAUGGAGUGUGGAAAGACCUUUGCUCGAAGUGAUAGUCUUGUUUACCAUAAUAUGAUCCACACAGGAGAGAAGCCAUUUAAAUGCAUGGAAUGUGGAAAGACCUUUGCUCUGAAUGGUCAUCUUAUUUCUCACAAAAGGAUCCAUGCUCGAGAGAAACUAUAUAGCAAUGUCAAUUCCACUAGUCUUUCUGCGGGCAUCAAAGUUCAGAAACACGUUGUAUCCUUCGAGGAGGUGGCUGUGUAUUUCUCUGAGGAGGAGUGGUCACAGCUGAGCCCUGACCAAAAAGAGCUGCAUUGGGAAGUCAUGGUGGAAAAUCAUAGGAACGUGGUCUCUCUGGGUAAUAAUGGGCAGGAGAAUCAAGAUUCCUUUGAACUGCUCCAAGUGAUCAGUGCUGAAGGUGGAAUGGAGAAGUCUGCAAUUCAAAAGGAAGUAGAAAAACAUGAAGGAAACCCGUUAAUUAACUGGAAUUGGGAAACCUCAUCUUUUAUUGAUGCUUCACUGCAAGACUUUCAUAAAAAGAUCCACAAAGGAAAACAAAAACGCAUGGAAUGUGGAAAGACCUUUGCUCGCAGGAGCCAACUUAAUAAACAUAAUAGGAGCCAUGCGGAGGAGAAGCCACAUAAUUGCAAGGACCAUGGAAACUGGUUCAGAACAAUAUGUUCCCUUGAUCUCCAUCAAAUGAUCCAUACAAGGCAGAAGGUAUUCAAAUGUGUGCAAUGUGGAAAGGGCUUUCAGAGGAACUGUGAUCUUACAAUCCAUAAAAGGAUCCACACAGGGGAGAAGCCCUAUAAAUGCAUGGAGUGUGGAAAGACCUUUUCUCAGACUGGUGGUCUUAUUUACCACAAAAGAAUCCACACAGGGGAGAAGCCAUAUAAAUGCAUGGAGUGUGGGAAAUCCUUUGCUAAGAGGGAUAAACUUGUAAUCCAUAAAAGGACCCACACAGGGGAAAAGCCAUAUAAAUGUCCAGAGUGUGGAAAGGACUUUGCUCGUAGCAGUAAUCUUAAUUCCCAUAAAAAGGUCCAUACAGCGAAAAAGCCAUAUAGUUGCAAGGAAUGUGGAAAGUGGCUGAAAACAAAAUGUUCCCUUAUACGCCAUGAAAUGAUCCACACAAGGCAGAAGGGAUUUAUAUGUGUGCAAUGUGGAAAGGGCUUUCGGAGGAAUUAUGAUCUUACAGUCCAUAAAAGGAUGCACACAGGGGAGAAGCCCCAUAAAUGCAUGGAGUGUGGAAAGACCUUUUCUCGGACUAGUAGUCUUAUUUACCACAAAAGAAUCCACACAGGGGAGAAGCCCUAUAAAUGCAUGGAGUGUGGAAAGAGCUUCAUUCGGAGUGUUUGUCUUACUUCUCAUAAAAGGAUCCACACAGGGGAGAAGCCAUAUAAAUGUGCAGAGUGUGGAAAGACCUUUGCUCACACUAAUAGUCUUAUUUCUCAUAAAAAGAUCCACACAGGGGAGAAGCCCUAUAAAUGCAUGGAGUGUGGAAAGAGCUUCAGUCGGAGUGAUUGUCUUACUUCUCAUAAAAGGAUCCACACAGGGGAGAAACCAUAUAAAUGCAUGGAGUGUGGAAAGGCCUUUACUCAAAAAGGUAAUCUUAUUUCCCACAAGAUGAUACAUACAGGGAAGAGGCCAUAUAAAUGCAUGGAGUGUGGAAAGAGCUUCAGUCGGAGUGAUUGUCUUACUUCUCACAAAAGGAUCCACACAGGGGAGAAGCCCUAUAAAUGCAUGGAGUGUGGAAAGAGCUUCAGUCGGAGUGAUUGUCUUACUUCUCACAAAAGGAUCCACACAGGGGAGAAGCCCUAUAAAUGCUUGGUGUGUGGAAAGAGCUUCAGUCGGAGGGAUUGUCUUACUUCUCACAAAAGGAUCCACACAGGGGAGAAGCCCUAUAAAUGCUUGGUGUGUGGAAAGAGCUUCACUGCCAAAACCAAUGAGGCCAAAAUUACGUGA